GGAUGUAGGGGCGUGGAGUGGACAAGCCGGGGGCGGGCUAGGCCUGCGGGAGGACGGGUACCUGGGCCCCAGGGAGGGUUCCACACCUGGCCUUCUGUAGGGGUCAGGACGCAAGCACCUACGCCAGCGGGGAGCAAAGCCGGGCUCGACCCGAGGCCCCCAGGACCUCCAUUUCCCAAUGUUGGAGGAAUCCGCCACGUGACAGUUGGACCGCAGGCUUAGCGCCAUGGCUCCCAAGAAGCCUCUUUGCCUUCCCUCCUUGCUGCUGCUGCUCCUGACGCUGCUGCUACCCCAGGCAGACACUCGGUCGUUCGUAGUAGAUCGGGAACACGAUAGAUUCCUUCUGGACGGGGCUCCGUUCCGCUAUGUGUCUGGCAGCCUGCACUACUUUCGGGUACCUCGCGUGCUUUGGGCUGACCGGCUUUUCAAGAUGCAAAUGAGUGGCCUCAACGCAGUACAGCUUUAUGUACCCUGGAACUACCAUGAGCCAGAGCCUGGGGUCUAUAACUUUAAUGGCAGCCGGGAUCUCAUUGCAUUUCUGAAAGAGGCAUCUAUAGCGAACCUGUUGGUCAUACUGAGACCAGGACCUUACAUCUGUGCAGAGUGGGAGAUGGGGGGUCUCCCAGCCUGGUUGCUUCGUAAACCUAAUAUUCAUCUGAGAACUUCAGAUCCAGACUUCCUUGCCGCAGUGGAUUCCUGGUUCAAGGUCUUGCUGCCCAAGAUAUAUCCAUGGCUCUACCACAAUGGGGGCAACAUCAUUAGCAUUCAGGUGGAGAAUGAAUAUGGUAGCUAUAGGUCCUGCGACUUCGCCUACAUGAAGCACCUGGCUGGGCUCUUCCGUGCACUACUAGGAGAUGAGAUUUUGCUCUUCACCACAGAUGGGCCACUGGGACUCAGAUGUGGCUCCCUCAAGGGACUUUACACCACUGUAGAUUUUGGCCCAGCUGACAACAUGACCAAAAUCUUUGCCCUGCAAAGGGAGUAUGAACCUCAUGGGCCACUGGUGAACUCUGAGUACUACACAGGCUGGCUGGAUUACUGGGGCCAGAAUCACUCCACACGGUCCAUUAUAGCUGUAACCAGAGGACUAGAGAAAAUGCUGAAGUUGGGAGCCAGUGUGAACAUGUACAUGUUUCAUGGAGGUACCAACUUUGGAUACUGGAAUGGUGCUGAUGAGAAGGGACACUUCCUUCCAAUUACUACCAGCUAUGACUACGAUGCACCAAUAUCUGAAGCAGGGGAUGUUACAUUCAAGCUUUUUGCUCUUCGAAAUGUCAUCAGCCAGUUCCAGGAAAUUCCCUUGGGACCUUUACCUCCCCCCAGCCCCAAGAUGAUGCUCGGACCUUUGACCCUACACCUGGAUGGAUAUUUGCUGGAUUUCCUACACUUACUGUGCCCCCAAGGGCCCAUCCAUUCAAUCUUGCCAAUGACCUUUGAAGCUGUCAAGCAGGACCGUGGUUUUAUGUUGUACCGGACCUAUCUAACGCAUACUGUUUUUGAGCCAACACAAUUCUGGGUGCCAAACAACGGAAUACAUGACCGUGCCUACGUGAUGGUGGAUGGGGUGUUUCAGGGUGUUUUGGAACGAAACACGAAACACAAACUAUUUUUGACGGGGAAAAUGGGGGCCAAACUGGAUGUCUUGCUGGAGAACAUGGGGAGGCUCAGUUUCGGGUCUAACUACAGUGACUUCAAGGGCCUUUUACAGGCACCAAUUCUGGGGCAAACAAUCCUUACCCAAUGGCUGAUGUUCCCUCUGAAAGUUGAUAAACUUGUAAAGUGGUCGUUUCCCCUCCAAUUGCUGAAAAACUCACAUCCUCAAACUCCCUCUGGCCCCAUCUUCUACUCCACAACGUUUCCAAUUUUAGACUCCGUCAGAGACACAUUUCUCUUUCUACCUGGAUGGACCAAGGGUCAAGUCUGGAUCAAUGGGUUUAACUUGGGCCGGUACUGGACAAAGAGAGGGCCACAACAGACCCUCUACGUGCCAAAACCUUUGCUGUUUCCUAGGGGAGUUCUCAACAAAAUCACAUUGCUUGAGCUAGAAAAUGUGCCUCCCCAACCCCAAAUCCAAUUUCUGGAUAGUCCUAUCCUCAAUAGCACCUUGCAUAGGACAUACAUCUACUCCCUCUCAGCUGAUACACGAAGUGAUUCUGAACCAAUGGAGUUAAGUGGGCACUGAAAGAAAGAUAACCCUUGGACCUGGGACAUGGAAUGGGCAGAAUUCCUUGGUACUGGCCAAGGUGACCACAAAGAAUCAAAGGCCAAAACAACUGUACAAGUGCAGUUUCCUUGCCAAACUUUAUUGUGAUUAAAAUUCCAGAGACAGUACCAGCUCCA